UUUCAUCUCUAUAUUUUAGGUUGACUGCUUCUCUUCUUCUGCAAGAAACCAGAAAAAAAGAGAGAGGAAAAAAAAGAGAUUAGGGAUGGGUUUCUUGGAGUUGUUGGAGGUGGCUUCAAUGCCAAUCGUUCAAGUUCUUCUUAUCAGCGUCCUUGGCGCUUUCUUGGCUACAGAUUACUGCUCUCUUCUCUCUGCUGACACCAGAAGAUCCGUGAACAAGCUCGUUUUCGUGGUCUUCACCCCCUGCAUCAUGUUUGCCAACCUUGCCCAGACUGUCACGUUACAGGACAUUAUUUCAUGGUGGUUUAUGCCCAUAAAUGUUGGAAUCACCUUUCUAGUCGGAGGCAUUCUUGGAUGGCUGUUAGUCAAGCUGCUAAACCCCAAACCUCAGCUUCAUGGCCUCAUAAUUGCUACAUGUGCCUCAGGCAAUAUGGGAAACCUUAUGCUUAUUCUGGUCCCUGCCAUCUGUGACGAGGAAGGCAGUCCUUUUGGGAAUCGGAGUGUCUGCAGAUCCGUUGGACUCUCCUAUGCAUCUUUUUCUAUGGCCCUCGGGGGUUUCUACAUAUGGACGUACAGUUACCAACUGGUGAGAAGUUCUGCUACACAGUUUAAAGCUCUUCCAGCGGCCGGGUUGGUCAAGUCUCCCAACAAGGAUAUCGACUCUGAUCCCCACACUCUUCUCCUCAAGCCGCAUCAAAACCAAGACCUUGAAAUACAAGGCAAACAAAAAGUGUCUACGAGUUCAUAUAUCAAGAACUUGCUACAUCAGAUUCUUGAGGAACUCUUCGCACCACCCACCAUUGGCGCCAUUCUUGGCUUCGUCUUCGGAGCAACCAAUUGGCUAAGGAAUCUUAUAAUCGGAGAGAAUGCCCCGUUGCGAGUCAUCCAAGACUCAAUAAAGCUGCUUGGGGACGGCACAAUUCCUUGCAUCACACUCAUACUGGGGGGAAACCUGAUUCAGGGCCUGCGGUCUUCAGCCGUGAAGACAUCAGUGAUUGUGGGAGUGACCUGUGUGCGCUAUAUCAUCCUUCCAGUGGUGGGAGUCGGGGUGGUCCAGUUAGCAGGAAAUCUAGGCUAUCUUCCUUCGGACCCUCUCUUCCGAUACGUUCUCAUGCUACAGUUCACACUGCCGCCUGCCAUGAAUAUCAGCACAAUGGCACAGCUGUUCGAUGUGGCUCAAGAGGAGUGCUCGGUCAUCUUCUUGUGGACCUAUUUGGUUGCAUCCUUAGCCCUCACCGUAUGGUCAACCAUCUUCCUCUCCAUCCUCUCCUGAAUCUGAUUUGAAAAGAGAGAAGGAGUUUGUCGGUCUUUGUAUGGAUCGUUUUGAUUUGUUGAUACUCUCAUCUCAUAUCAUAUGUAGCUAAGUAAUUUUAUUUCGUUCUCACAUGUUACCAAAACAAAACAGAAAGACAAAAGAAUCUGUUUCACAUAAGCCAAUGAGCGUUUGUGUGGACUAUUUUUACUUGAGAUUAAAAAAAAAGAAAAAAAGAAGAGGAAUUAAUGAUGGGUGGGCUCAAAGAGAGAAAGAGAAAGCGGAAAGCCCAAAUAGGGGAGAGGCGUGUCCAGUCAAGUUGGCCACAGAAGGAAGGAGACGUGCGCGCGCUGCAUCUUCCACGUUACUUUGCUUCAAUUGGUUCAAAGCUCUUCAAUCAUUUUGCUGAAACUUCUACAUUCAUAUCUUCACACCUGUCCGCUCCUCCUUGCCUAUCCUUUAUUUUUUUCUUUCUAAUUAUUGAUUUGGGUUUUAUUAAUCUGGGAUUAUACUAUAUUAAUAUUCGAAUUCAACA